AUGGAUAUUGAAGAACUUUUGCAGCAGAAAAAGAGGAAACUUGAGGAGUUGAAAAAACAAAGGCUAACAAAACAGCAAGACUUGCUUUCACAGAUAUCCUCUUCAGAAAGGAAAGAUGAAACCAAUACUGAAGAAUCAGAUUUAGGUUACGUUAGGCUUCAGCAAGAACAUGUCGUAGCAGAAAUAGAAUCUACUGAAACAGACUAUCGAAUAACCAAUGUGCCUGCCCCAUUGAGCCAUAAACUCAGUAAUUUACCUCAAAACACUAUAGACGUGCUACCCCGCCUGCAAUAUACCAAAAAUACUGAUACAACCGAAUUGGAUGACGUAUCUGAUACCAACUCGGAGAGUCUGACAAAGCAAAUAGAACGAGAUGUUGAAAAAAGAAUAAGAAAAGAGUUGGAGGAGAAGUUCAGGAAGGAUUUUGAUAAAGCAGUGAAGGCUUUGGAAUCCUUGAAACAUGUCCAAGUUGAAGAAAUAAUACCUUCAGAAGAAACAACAGAAAAUAUGACGCCCAAUAGCUUGAAAUACCCAGCUACCAAAACUAAGCAAAUCAACUCAUGUGAGAAUAAACCCGGUGUAUUUCUUACAUUACAUGAUGACUUCAUUUGUAUAUGGAAAAAAAGAGAAUCAGGCAUCACAUUAGUUGAUAACAUUCCCUUGUACACCAAAACAAAUGUGGCAAUAUUCGAUAGUGGCAAUCCAACGAAAAUAAUAACGGGAUCUGAGUCUGGCUAUAUAUAUAUAUUUGACUUGAUUAAUAAAUCUCAUUUUCGAUCCAAUGUACAGCUCAGUCCGAUAGUUUCAAUAUACCAAUCAUCAGGGUCCCUCAUAGUUCUUACAAUAGAUGGGAACUACAUCAUAUUGGCUAUGAAUUUGAUAGACGUAUUGAAUCCGAUAGUGAAUCUCUUUACUUCCCUGGAGUAUAAAACCAACAGUGAAGUAAACAUAAAUCAUGAAAAUAUUAUCAUAUGUGCAUGCCAAUUUGUUAGUGCUAACAACGUUGUCAUCGCAUUAUUGACAGGAGAAGUGGUUUCUGUCGAUUUUGGUCAAAGGAAAUUGUCCAUGAUUUUAGAAACUGUUGAUUCAAAUGAUAAAUUGCCUGUCAUGUCACUUUCGUAUAGUUCAGGAAAAAUUAUAAUUCUAGGAUUAGACCAUACAAUAAAAAUUGUGAGUGCAACUACUGGAUUGAAUCUAGUCAAAACUGAGGACUUACCGGAUUUGACAUUUUUGGCUGAAUGGAUGAGUCCAUCGCUAGUUGUCACAUGUUCUGUACAAAAUGUUUUCACCCUGUGGAAACUCCAGAAUGAAAAGAUGGUCUGUUCAAAUUUAUCUGACUUUGAAGGUCCCACAAAUACUAAUCUUACGCUUGUAUCAAGCAUUAAGGCUCUUGAUGCCACUACACUAAUCGUCGGAGAUCUGAAGGGCAAGGUUCAUACGAUAAAUGUAAAUUAG